AAGAAUAUUAUCUAUGGAGAUUGCAGUGUGAUAUUUAAUUUUGGUAUAUGCUCAAGUGUUUAAUUCUUUGUAUUUUGUGCACUAGUUAAAUUCGAUUAAACAGUUUAAUCUCGGUUUUUUCCACGACAUAUAUAAAGUUACUGUUACAAUCUAAAUAGUAACAACACUUUAUUGAUUCAAAAACUACAUAAUUAACAAAGAUGCCGAACAUAAAACUACAGUCUUCUGAUACUGAAAUAUUUGAUGUUGAUGUUGAGAUAGCCAAAUGCUCAGUUACGAUAAAAACUAUGUUAGAAGAUUUGGGCAUGGACGACGACGAAGAAGAAAUAGUGCCUCUUCCCAACGUCAACUCCGCUAUUCUAAAAAAGGUUAUUCAAUGGGCCACUUAUCAUAAAGAUGAUCCUCCUCUACCUGAAGAUGAUGAGAAUAAAGAAAAGAGAACUGACGACAUAUCGUCAUGGGAUGCAGAUUUCUUGAAAGUUGAUCAGGGUACAUUGUUUGAGUUAAUUUUAGCCGCCAACUAUUUAGACAUAAAGGGUUUAUUGGAUGUAACAUGCAAGACCGUAGCCAACAUGAUUAAAGGCAAAACACCUGAGGAGAUCCGAAAAACAUUUAACAUUAAGAAUGACUUUACUGCUGCUGAGGAAGAACAAGUCCGUAAAGAAAAUGAGUGGUGUGAAGAGAAGUAAAGUUUCGAUUAUGAUGUAUGUUUUUAAAAAAGUUGUAAAAUUUCUCAAAAGACACUUGUAAUGUACAUGUGCAAAUUAUUUCCUAUAGUUAAAUUAUUAAUAGUUUGGUCAAGCUUUCACAUUACUUAAAGGCUAAAUUACAGAUUGUCAGUUAAUUGUAAGGUUGUGCUGACUAAAGUUACAGAUGACAAAAUAUUAAUUAAAAGCCUCAUACAUUUUUUUAGCCAUACUUUAAAUGCAUUCAUCAAUUUGACACUAUUGUUACUAUUAAACUUAUCUAUGUACCUAUGAGAUAGUUCUCACUAUUCAAGUAAAUACUAAUCAUUCUAAUUGAAUAAAUUAUUAAAAUAUAAAUUCUGUGUAUAGUUGUGGUCAUAAUAUCCCUUGUAAUAUUUAGCCAAUUACCAAGACAGUAUUUGAUGUAUACUAGGUAUGGUAAUAUGUUAACUGCAUGUUAGAUACUCUGAUAAAUUUAGCUUAUCAUAAGAGAAUUUAUUUAAUUAUGAAUACCACAUUUAUGUAAUGUGAACAACCCCUUUUGCUCAUUGUGAGUUUCUGAUUAUAUUUAAAUAAUCUAUAUGUUCCACUUAAAUAUACUUAGUUUCCAUGAUAGGAUUUCUAUUUAACUAAAGCUGUGUUAACUGGAUUGUUUAAAAAAAUUGAAUGAUGACAAAUUUGUGAUUGGAUUCCAACACAUACUUUAAAUUUGUUCCUUAGUUUUUCAAUGCUUAUUGUAAAUGAACUUUAAUAAAGAUUGAAAACAAUA